AUGGAAGGUCUUAACGAUAUGACCGGAUCAGUUAUUGUUUACUCAAAGGCCAAUUGUACAAACAGCCUCAAGUCCAAAUUGUUAUUGGCUGAUUUGGGCAUUCCUCAUUUGGACAUAUCACUUGAUGCGUUUCCUGAGGUAAGACAGUUUACCAAUUACUAACCAAUGGUAGUUACUAUAUUAUUAUAAAAGCAAAAGCAAACCGAGUUUAACCGUUCUACCGUUAUAUAGGCCUUACUACUUUUAGACAAUAGUUGUAAAAAAAUUCAAAAAGGUUCGUUUAAAAGUACCAUAACCUUCAAAAAUUGUUUUGACAAAAAAAAUAUCUAAUCCAUCAUGACAAGCUCCGUCAACAAGUGUUUUAACAAUUCUAUGACUUAUUUACCACAUUACAAGUUUUAACUGACCACCUUUAUCAAAACAUCUUUUGACAUCACGAGUAAGACUAAGUAACAUAAUCUUACAAUCACAUAACCUUAAAAGAAAAUCACGAUUACAAUAAUUACCCUUAAAAACAAAACGUCUGUUUGAACUGAUAGUUUUAUAACCGACUAAUCCUUUUGACGACAUAGCAAUCGUCACAAAUUAAAUUUAUUGCCACACCUUCAGUCAUCAUAUUGCACUUUCGAAAGUUUUGGGAUGAUUUGUUUGUGUUUCAUCUCAAAACAAAAUUUGUAAAAACUGAGAAAACUUCGUCUUUAGAUCAACGACAAACUCGAGAAAAUAGUAGGAAACAACUUUGUUACGCCGCAAAUCUUCUUCAACAACGUGCGUGUGCCUGGCUAUGAUAGUUUGAGGAGAUUGGUAAGUAUAUAUUAUAGAUUAUGUUGUCUACAUCAUACUAUAUGUAGUAUGAAGCACAGUAUAUACUAUAAUAUUGACCCACCUAGUCUAUUUUGUGCUGAACAUCAGAUCUUUUACAAAUAUGAUAACAUUAAGCAAGAAGAACCCAAAAUAAAACAUUCUGAGACAAAACAUAAAAUGGUUUUGCAACUACGAUUAUUCAACAAUUAUCUAUUGUUCUUAUCAAUACUUAUCAUUCCCUCUUUUUAUUGUAUGACUUAUAGGUCGCUACUCCCGAGGUUUGGCAGGAAGUGUUGGACAUGCUGAUGGAGCAGGAAAACAACAUGUAUCAUAACAUUGAAGUCGAUGAUGUUGACGAUAUUAUUCCGUUGGAAAAUGAUAAAAUGUUGCAAAUGAUGCGAAAAGCAAAUUUGAUGAGAGAUAGACCCGGUGGAAUGAUGGCUCAACGGAAUUCAAUCAAAGGUCAAGACCUUAUUAAUUGGCUGGUGAAGGAGAAAAGUAUCAGUAAGUGUUUUUACUUUAGGAUCUUUCUAGAAACUUUAAAAAGUUGCAGUUUAAAAUGUCUUGACUUAUGUAGCUGUCAAAACCAAUAAGUAAUACGCUGUCUUUUUUAAUACUACAAACCUUUUUAACAUUAAAAAACGCCUUAUAAAACGCUAAUUACCAAAAAUAUCAGUUAAUUGUUCAUAACAUCUAAAAUCUUUUUUUAAUGAGAAAGAUGCCUUUACAAUCAUUCCAAAACUCAAACGAUCAUAAUUUACGAUAACUUUUAAAAGCCCACGAAACAAAACCAAGAAAAUCGAUGUAACAGUGAAAGUUUAGAGAGAGGCGAAGCGCUGGUCUUGGGUCAGAAACUGAUUGACAAACACUUUGGACAUCAAUUAAAAGAGCAUUCCACGUUCAAUCCGGAUAAAUUCUACCAGAUGCCGGAAGACGACCCGAGUAUGCCCCUGAACUUGACGAAUGGGGAGUUGAGUACGACUGGGUACAGUGUGAAUGAAUUCAACGAACAUUUGUGCGUCAUUGCUGAUCAAGUAUACGAUUAUGUGUUAGCGAAGAACAAAGAAGUAGGUGCUUUAGUGUUUGUUAUUAAGUUUUUAUUUUUAUGUGUCUCGCCUGCGGCCUUUAGUCGCAAAAAUUUCACAAUAAGACUGAUCAAUCUUUUUACUGUAAAACCACUAUCAUGAUAGCUAUCACAUCCACAGCCAUAUUAACCUGAACCUUUUCCCCUUCCAGGACAUUUACUACGAACGUCUAGAAGAAUGCACCGAAUUUGACUCCUACAAAAACCUAAUUCCUCAGCUGGCUAGUCUAGAUCUGGCAAAUUCCUCAGUAGAAGAGCGUAUCGCCUUGUUCAUAAAUGUAUAUAACAUGAUGUUACUCCACAUUAUCUACAAAUACGGGCCUCAUAUGAAUAUCUGGCAAAAACGAAAGUAUUUUAACAACACUUAUUACUUAAUCGACCAGCAGCGCUAUUCAUUACAGGCGAUUUACAACGGAAUAUUGAGGGGAAACAAAAAAGGCCCUGAGAUGUUGUGGAAACCUUUUGGAAACGAAGAUCCUAGAAGAGAGGUGAGGCAAAAUCUUCAUUUUGAAUUUACUUUUAAAUUUUAAAUUUUAAAAAUUAUUUUUUCAAUUUUCAAAAUCCUCGUUUUAUUAUUAGCCUAUGUAAACUAACGCUAUUUUCAGCACAUUAUCCCGGACGGUGAACCACUAGUUCACUUUGGCCUUAAUCAGUACCGAUCUCAUGGCGCUCCUAUCAAAACUUAUCAUGCUCGCGUAAGUACGCUUAACUAAACACUGUUAUACAAGCCAACGGUUUUUGGUAUCUUAAGCUCAAAUAAUCGCUUUAUAUAACUGUAAUAUCGCUUUAUAAAGGUGUGAUAGCACCGGAAAUGAAAAGGUUUUACUGUCAACAACGUGUUAUGUUUACAGGUCACAACAUGUGCACAAACUAUUGACCAUAAGAGCCUUUAAGGCAACUCUAUUUGAAUUUUUGAAUAAAAUACAACUUGUUGGUCAGAUUUUGUAGCAAAGAAAGCGUUCGAUUUUCAGAAUAUAUAAUAUAAUACUUAAAAAGCCAAUUGUUUUGGUACCAAUGAUACUUACAAGGCUUUAUUUAAAAAGAGCUUUCUUAUACCUAGUUGAUUUCAGAACGUUCUGUUUGAACUUCGAAAAGCAGCCCAAUCAUUCGUGUCUCAUAGUGUAAACUUCAAACUGGAUUUGAAGAAACAAACAGUCGCUCUGGCACCUUUAUUCAAACAAUAUGCAGUUGAUUUUGGCAACUUUCCUGAGCAUGUAAGUUUUUUUGUAUUUUUGUUCUUUCGGCUUCAAGAUUUUUUAUAAUUAUUGUUUUAUAAGCAGUUAUAUAACCUCUCUCUUCAUUAUAAUAAUCUUGAAAAUUUCGUCUUUUAUUGGUUUCGUGAUUUUAAAAAUGUUUUUUUUCAAACUCUUAAUGUUCUUUUCGUAUUUUACAAUUCUUUCCCGUUCAGGCAGUUGAAUUCCUAAUUGAAUUCGUAAUGGAAGAUGGGUUAGAAAGAGACACAUUGAUAAGGAUGUUCAACACCAACCUCAACCUUUCCUAUAUUGAGCAGACGAGUGAGAUCAAUUUCAUUCGAGAAGACCAGAAAUAA